UCCGCUCACACCUCUGCCGGAGCAGGGGAGGAGGAGACUGUCAGGCGAGGCCGGCUGGCGCUCUGGGCAUGGGGGCCCCGCGGGCGCCCUGGCCGCUGGUCUGGGCCGUGCUGCAGCUAGGCUGGUGGCCAGGAUGGCUCCUAGACUCCCCGGAAAGGCCCUGGAGCCCCCUCACCUUCUCCCCGGCGCAGCUCGCGGUGCACGAAGGGGAGAACGCCACCUUCACCUGCAGCCUGUCCAGCGUCCCUGAGAGCUUUGUGCUCAACUGGUACCGCAUGAGCCCCCGUAACCAGACGGACAAACUGGCCGCCUUCCAGGAGGACCGCAUCCAGCCCGGCCCCGACAGGCGCUUCCACGUCACGCGGCUGCCCAACGGGCGGGACUUCCACAUGAGCAUCGUGGCCACCCAGCUCAGCGACAGCGGCACCUACCUCUGCGGGGCCAUCUACCUGCCCCCCAACACGCAGAUCAACGAGAGUCCCCGCGCGGAGCUCACUGUGAAGGAGAGAAUCCUGGAGCCCCCCACAGAGAGCCCCAGCCCCCCACCGAGAAUCACUAACCAGUUACAGGGGUUGGUCAUUGGUAUCACGAGCGUGCUGGUGGGUGUCCCGCUGCUGCUGCUGGUGACCUGGGUCCUGGCCGCUGCCUUCCCCAGGGCCACUCGAGGGACCUGUGCCUGCGGAAGCGAGGACGCGCCUCUGGAAGGACCCUCUGCGGCACCCGUGUUCACCGUGGACUACGGGGAGCUGGACUUCCAGUGGCGAGAGAAGACGCCAGAGCCCUCCGCUCCCUGUGCCCCUGAACAGACAGAGUAUGCCACAAUUGUCUUCCCGAGCAGACCGGGGUCCCCGGGCCGCAGAGCCUCAGCCCACAGCCCGCAGGGACCCCAGCCUCUGAGCCCUGAGGAUGGACCAUGCCCCUGGCCCCUCUGACCGGCUUCCUCGGCCGGCCUGCGUCCUUCAGACCCUCCACCAGGAGCCCGGGCCGGCGCCUUCCCUGAAGGAGUGUGUAGUGGGGAGGCAGGGGGGCGGCCCAGGCGCUGAGCCGGGUAACCCGCCCUGCCUGCGCCAGCCCUGCUUGGCUCUCCUCUCUACUCCCAUGACCUGGGGGCAGGAGACGUCCCUGUCUGUGUGGCUGUGGUCGGGAAAGGAGAUUCGCGCAGGACCCCAGGCCCAGCGCCCUGAGCUGGUCUCUCCCCUGAUCUGCUGCUCUGUGCCUCCCACAUGUGCCUCCCGUGGGCUGUGAGGUCUCUGUGGCCGCCCACUGCCUCCCAGGGGAGCUAGCUAUCUGGACACGGGGGCACAGGGACACUGGUGGAGACCCUGCCUUGGAGUGGCCCGAUGAUGUGCCCCCAAAGCCAAGAGAUUCCUCGCACACCUGGAGGGGCCCGCACAUGGUCUGGGGGCCUCGUGCUCCUCCAGGCCUGGGAAAGAGCUCCUGGCAUGGCAGCGGCGGGGUGCCCAUGGGCCGCCCUCAUGCACGGCCCGGCCCACCCAGCAGCCCAGCGGGGGAGGGGAACAGGCAGAGCUGGAGUCGCUCCAGCAGAGGCCGUACUAGGGACCCCCGGGAGUUACCCUCCCCUUGGCGCCCAUGCACGGUGCUAUUUAAAGGGGCCUCAGCCCAGUGCACGGCAGGUGUGCCAUGGGGCAGCCUGGCCAGGGGCUCCCCGGGUGUCAGGGACUCGGGAGCGAUGUCCUGUCUUGGGUUCCACAAACACUUCAGAGCCCCUCACCUUGUUUUAUUAUAUUAUAAUUAAAUGAUGAUGAAAGCUCUAAGAGAAGCCCGAGUUCUCUCCUGCUC